ACUCGGUCAACCUAGUGUAAGAAAUGUUUGGUCAUUUUGAACCAAUUAUGUCGACGUUUAAUUCAAUUGAAUAAGAAUCUAUGAAUUUAAAGUUCAAGUGAUUUGUGUUUUUUUUCUGACGUUCUCGCUGAUCUACGCUGAUUCGAUGGACUACCCGACCGACAGUCAAAUGUCGGGCCGGUCGUCGAUGGUUCAACUUCCGCAUUUGGCCGGACACAAGAGCCGCACCGUCAGCCGACUGGAGGACAGCGCCACUCAGACGCAAGUGGAAGAAUCUUUCUUCAGCGAGAACAAGGACGGAACAGAGAUCCAGCUGUCGAGCGCUGGAGUGAGACUGGGCGAAACGGAGAGCGAAUUGAGGCGUCGGAGGAUCAGGUGAUCCUUGACGGAUCCUCGCCCCCCGCCCAAUGAUGAAGAACUCCGCUGGAAGUCGCGUCAGCGCUACUCGGACGAUUCUGGAUCGGAAAGCGACGAUGAGCAGCACCUGCCUGGAUUGCGUUACCACCAACAGCAGCAGAGACCCAAUUUGUCGCAGUACGUGUCGGACGGUUGCGCUCCUGGGACGGGCGGAAGCGGUGGCGACGGAAGCAGCCACGGCCUCAGCAACAUCAAAACGGUCCAUUUGGAGCCGCUCGUCAAAUCCAGCCAAGUGGCCACCGAUUUGGCCGUCAGGCCGUCAGUCGAUCCUGUCCAAUGUCGGGACGGAGAGUUCCGUCGUCUGCCCACCCGCCGACGGCGACUCAUCCGCACAGCGAGCGGAUCAAGUACAAAGCGGAAAUUCCCAUUUCCGUCAUCCGCGCCGCUCAAGCCAAAACCCGAAGUGGCAGGUACAAUUUGGAGAGGAAGAUCUUCCAACAGCUGCUGGACUGGAAGCAAAUGCAAAUCCGCAUCGGGCAGGCCAACGAGCAGGUGUUUGCCAAGCGGCUCAUCGACGAAUUGCGCAAAGACGCCGUCACCGUCGGACUCCGCCCCUACGACGGAUCCUAUUCCUUCCAGCAACUCCAAGUCUACCUCUUCAAUCAGCUGAGGCUGGUGCAAGGCGGGCGGACUUUGCUGCCGCUGGUCGAUUCGGCGACGGACCGCGAAGACGCCGCCACCACCAACGGACUGACGUACGGCGACGUCAUCGAGACCGAGUCCACCAAUGGGAUGAGCAGGACGACGACGACGAUGCCGGUGGAAAAGUGCACCCACACGACCCAGCGUUGCCCGGACGCCAUGUACGCUUACACGACGUUGCCGCCGGCCUUGGCUGCACGGCCGUGCCCUGCGCUGCCUUUACAGUUCCCUAUCAUAAACACCACCGGCCCGUCACUCAACAACAUCAACAGCCACAACAACCAACGAAUCAACCGGGGACGGCCAAGUUGACGACGGAAAACGGGCGAAUCAUUCUGCCGAAAUUGAAUUUGAACAACAACAUCAACGGCCAUCAGAAGAGCAACGCACCCGCUAUCAAAGGCAAUCAUUGAAAGUUAUUGGCUAAUCAAGAAAAAUAUAUAAAAGUCUCGUUCAUUCAUUUAUUCAAUUCGAAAUAAAAUUAAAUUGAAAGAAAUUGAAAGAAAUUAACAAAAUGUUGAUGAUGUUACGACCCGCGUAAAGUCACGACGACACGGGAGGCGCACGUCGUUUAUGUUUUUUUUUUUUUUUUCAAUUCACAUGGAUUGAUCAAUUGUUGAUGUUGAUGAAUAAAUACUAUUUCUAACUAGAA